AAAUCGACAAUAUAAAACAAGGAUCCCUUCACAAAAAGUUGUUUCGGUCGUGAACCGCUAUGGAUACGAACCGAGGAGGUCGGCUGGUGACACGACCUUUGUUAAAUGAUGCUGGUUUCGAUCUGAAGUUUUUCAAACGUUUUUGGAGGAUAACUCUGUUGUUAUUUCCAUCAUGUAAGAGCCCAUCAGUCUGGUUGGCUGCAUUGCUGUUACUUCUUGGUUUACUGGAACAAUAUAUUAUUUACAACAUUGGCCUCAUUCCAAGUAAGUUUUACAAGAUUUUUCUGGAUGAUGACUCUUCUGAGUUUACAUCACAUCUUCUUUAUUCCAUUGGACUUAUACUAGCCGAAGCAUUUAUUUUAAGUACCAAACUUUAUGUUGCAUCAGUGCUGUACAUCACCUGGAGACAAAGCAUAUGCAGAGCUCUACAUGAUCUGUACUUCAAAAAUAUUUUAUACUACAAGCUGAAUGUUAUAGAGAAAUCCAUUGAUAAUCCAGACCAACGAAUCACUCAGGAUGUGGAUCAGUUGUGUAACAAGUUUAGCCAGAUCUUAGUUCCUCUCAUCAUCACACCAUUCACCAUUGGAUACUAUUUUUAUAAAUGUUGGACAGUAACCAGCUACUUGGGACCAGUCAGUACUUUGGUUUUCUUUGCUGUAUUUACAAUCAUAAACAAGCUGCUCAUGUCUCCAGUUGUCAAAUACUUUUAUCUACAACAGAAAAGAGAAGGAGAUUUUAGGUUUCAUCACAUGUUGUUAAGGACAAAUUCUGAAUCAGCAGCUUUUUUCAGAGCUGGUAGAGUGGAGAGAUCUAAAGCCAAUGCAAAGUUACAUAAUUUGAUCUCAACACAGGCUAAACUAAUACGCUGGGAGUAUGCACUGAACUAUGUAAUCAAGACAGCAGACUACUUGGGGAGUAUACUGAGUUACAUAGCAAUAGCAUUCCCUAUAUUUAAUGGCCAGUAUAAAGAUCUCUCUUCAGCAGACUUGUCAUCUCUCAUUAGCCAGAAUGGAUUUUUCUCCAUUUACUUAAUUAACUGUUUCACCACCAUGAUUGAUCAAUCUUUACAAGUUACAGAUAUUGCUGGAACAGCUCACAGAAUUGGUCAACUUUUUGAAGUACUGGGAAAACUGAAAUGUGAAGGAAUUGAAGAUAACAGUUUUUUAUAUUCAUCAUUUGAUAGUCACUUUACUUCCGAAGUACAUCCUCUGACGAACAGCAACACUACAGCUUUCACAUUGCAAGAUGUAACAUAUGGUUUGCCCAAAUCUUUGAAAGUUUUAUGCAAAAAUCUUUCCUUCCAGUUGACAUCUGGAGUGAGUGUUUUAGUCACUGGAAAUAGCGGUUGUGGUAAAACAUCCUUGCUUAGAGUUCUUAGUGGACUCUGGAAGGCUUCAUCAGGAAGUGUUAACAUCAAUGUCUGCCUGGGUCCGACAGGUCUGUUGUACCUACCUCAGAAGCCAUAUUUUACAGAUGGAACACUGCUGGAGCAGGUUAUCUACCCUUUACAAGAAAGGGACACACGGACAGAUGAGGCUGUCAUUCUAAAUUAUCUGAAGUUAGUCGGACUGGAAGGACUUGUGGAAAGACUUGGUGGAGUGAAUGUCAAAACAGAUUGGAACUGGUAUGAUGAAAUGUCUCCAGGAGAAAUGCAGAGAUUGUCAUUUGUCAGGCUUUUUUUUCACAAACCUCCAUUUGCAAUUCUGGAUGAAGCAACCAGUCAAGUAAGUCAGGAAAUGGAAGCCCUCUUGUAUAAGACUUGCUGUGAUCUAGGCAUCACCUACCUAAGUAUUGGACAUAGAACUACCAUCAGGCCAUUUCAUGACUUAGAGCUCCAGCUCAAAGAGGAUGGCAGCUGGUCACUUCACUCUCUUGAGGGAAGUAUUAAUUCUUCUCGUAUCUAGGACAAAUGUAUUCUUCAUGUCUCUAGGAAGAUGUUAAGAUGUUUGCUUGUUCCCUAUAGGGGAAAAUGUAUAAUGUAUUCUUCAUGUCUCUAAGAAGAUGUUAAGAUGGUUGCUUGUUCCCUAAAGGGAAAAAUGUAUUCUUCAUGUCACUAGGAAGAUGUUAAGAUGGUUGCUUGUUCCCUAUAGGGGAAAAUGUAUUCUUCAUGUCUCUAAGAAGAUGUUAAGAUGGUUGCUUGUUCCCUAUAGGGGAAAAUGUAUUCUUCAUUUCUCUAGGAAGAUGUUAAGAUGGUUGCUUGUUCCCUAAAGGGAAAAAUGUAUUCUUCAUGUCUAUAGGAAGGUGGUAGCUAUUCCCUUCUUUCUCUAGAGGGAAGUGUUUACAUGUCUCAUGUGUAUUCAAGAAGACUUGUUUUGUUAUGGAAAAACGUUUUCAAAUAUUUAAUGGAACAUUCAUUUCAUUUGGUCUGUGAAAUCCCAAUCAUUUGAAUCAUCUUGAGCAAACUCUUACUUGCAUUUCUGAAUAUUUUCAUGAACAUUUCAAAUUGUAAUUUUGUAUUUUUUACUUAAAAUUUAGGAAUCAAAUAUGUGGAUAUGUGGCAUUUUAAAAAAAGUUGUAUUUAAAAUAAUGUAUUUAUUAACGGAAACAUACAAGUUUACACUUUGUUCAAUGUUGCUAAUUUUGUUCAGUGAAGAUAACUUUGUUCAAUAAUUUUGUUCAAUGUAGCUAACUUUGUUCAAUAAUUUUAUUCAAGGUAGCUAACUUGUAGUUAAAAUGUAUUUAUCAACUGAAAUGUAUGUUAAUCUUUUAAUUGUGUAGCUUUUAACAAGAAUGUGCAAUAGAGUUACUGUUUUUUUUUUAGCAUUUAGCUAAAAACUUAAAUUUAGUUUUAGCAUCAAGUUUGUUUUUUUUUUUUAAUUGUGUUCAUCUUGGUUCAUUAGAAGAACUAUAUGUUGUAUUUUUAUUUCUGAGAGACAAGUAAUAUGAAUUUAACUAUUUUUUUCACUAAAUAAAUGUAAAAAAUUCAAUUAAAAAGAAAAAUUGUGUAAAAGUAUUGUUACAUGAAUUGAACUAUUCAGGGAAUCAAUAAUUGUUACAAAAUUUUAAAAGGAUUUUACCUUUUUAUGAGUUCUUCACAUUACUGGUUUUGUGUUUAUAGUUUGUAUAAAUGUUCCUAGCAAAUUCAUAUUAGUUCAUUAUUACAAUUAAUUUUUUAAAUUGUCAACUUAUAAUGCAAGUAUAUGCAAGUAUAACAUUUAAAAUAAUACAAGUAUUAUAAUAGCAGCAAUGAUACAUUUUUUAUCUUUUUUUUUUUUUACAUUAUAACAUUGGGUUAUAUAAUGCUAUGGACUAAAUCAUUUGAAUGCUUGAUUUUUGUUUAUUUACAUGAUUUUUAAUUCUUCAUUUUGUCUCAGGUCACUUGUAACAAAAAAUUGGUUUUACAAAAUUACCAAAAGUGAAAUGUUGGCAUAUCUACUAGUGAGCAUUUAUAGUGCCCAGGGCAUUUAUUUUUAAUUUUUUAGUAGCCUCCCCCCCCCCCGCCACACACACACACACAUCACACACAAUUUUUAAAUCAACCACUCUCUUCCCUACCAACUUUAAACUGUGAGUUACAUUUAAUCAGGCCAUAGUAAUAUAAAUAAGACUUUGUCAAUAUGAUGUUAAACAUGCUUUUUCUACUGCCUUCAAUACUCAUUUUAAAUAUUUAAGUAUAAGAUUAAUUUCUCAGAGUAAUCUUUUUUUUUAAAUAAAUAUUUUAAUUUGUUCAAACGAAUAUUACUUAUUUAUAAAUCGAAUGAAUCAAAUUCAGAAACAUAACUUGGGCUACCUGACACAUACAAGACCAUAGGAGGACAAAAGGAGGACAAACCUUUGCAAAGGAGGACAACUUAUAAAAUUGAAAAUCAAGGGCUGUUAAUUCAUAUAUUUUACAAAGUGACAUUUUGCAGUAAUAAUUAUUAUCAUGAAAAUAUGCUUGAAGCUGAGAAAAUGAAUCUUAUCUUGUUCACUUAUUGUUGAUCAGGGAAAACACUUAUUCAAUGUUAGCAUAUGCCCAAUAUUACAAAAUAACGAAUUCACAGAUUUUGAGUUUUCCUCAUCAUAAAGGAGCCUGGGAAUAACUAAAAUCAUGGUUGUUCUUGAUUAAAUUCAUAGAUAAUAUGUAACUAAACUAAACAAGAAAGGAAAAGACAUAUUUUCACACUUUAGAUCCAUGCCUGCCAGAUGGAGGACAAGGCACCAAAUAGUACAUGUCCUCCUUUUGCCUGACGUCUGGUAACCCUAGUCAUAUCUGAUUGUAAACUGAAGGUCAUUGACAAUGAUUCAUUUAUAUGGACCAAUAUUUUCAUGUUAUAUUUAUGUUCUUGACAAUACUCAUCAUUCUGUUUCCUGUCUGGACACAGUCUGGAGACAAAACAUUUCCAGUUGAAUGAAUUCUUCCAUUUCUAGUUCAUAUUUUAUGCUACAGUUUGUGAUCAAUACAAAUAUUUUUGUUUGUUACAAAUUUUUAAAUGUCAUAAUUUGUGUUGUUAUAUUGUAUUGUUAUAUUGUUAUAUGUUGUUAUAUUGUUUUAUCAGGAUUAUAUUAAAUUUAGAUUACUACGUAUAUAUGAAUGUUACUAUUAUCUGAACAUCACCUUAUUGUAAUCCAAUUUUAUUUUUUUUUUUACAUUUUUAAAUACAAUUUUACACAUAUUUUUUGGAGGCUUAAUAUGACUACAAAAAAAUGUAGUUAAUAUUUUGUUUUAACUAGGCACAUAGCCAGCUUAUGAAGGCUUUAUUAAACAUGUUCUAGUGAAUUUUUGUACUUUUGUGAAUGUAUAUUAAUCUUAACUGUUCAGAUUUCUGGAUUAUUUAUUGAAAUCUAUUUUUUGUUAAGCUUUGACAUGAAACUUUCACAUAGUGGGAUGUGUAGUUUAAAGGCCAAAACUGCUUGUCUAUUGGCUACAUAACAAGGAGGCUUGAGUUCAAACCUAACUCAGAGUUGUGUUUACUGAGUGCCAAAAAGCAGCAUGGGAACUUUUCAAUUAAAUUUGUAAAAAAAAUAAUUGUUAAAUCAUUCCAGCCACAUUGUAUUUAUGAUUGCUAUUCUCUUCAGUUUAUUGCAAUGGACAAACUGCUUUUAAAUUUGCUUAGUUAGUAUUCCAGCGUAUAUGUCUUUGAUUAUUUUUUUUUAUAAAUCUUAGAAAAGUAUUGCAACUGAAAAAGAGAUACUGGGUACUUAGUAACAAUUGAAAAUAAUUUGAACAAGCAAAAUAAAAAAAAAAUUAUUUUUAAAAUACAAAGCUUAUCCAAGGGGAAGAGCUCUGUUCUUACAACUAUAUCACUCGAGAAUGUAGAAAUUAUUUCCCUUUUUAUUGUCAAACAAAAUAAUUAAUUACCAAUAAUUAAUGGACUAAUAAGUUAAUUUUUUUUAAGGAUUCAUGAUGUUUAGUACAAUAAAUAACUUGAGUUUCAAUUUGGUCUGAGAAUGGAUGUGGGAGAAAUAAUGUGUACAAUUAUUUAAAGGGACAAAGCCCAACAUAUUUAACCAUAUCUGUGAAUACUGAAGGAUUAAUGUCCCUUAUUGGUAUCAAACAAAAUAAUUAAUUACCACUAAUUAAUUAACUAAUUGGUUAAUUUUUUGUUAUCAAUUCAUGUAUUGUCUAUGCCAAUGAAUAAUUGUGCAAAGUUUCAACUUGAUCUGAGAAAGGGUGUGGGAGAAAUAAAGUGUACAAACAUUUGACCAGACAGAUAGACUUGAUAUAAGGUUUGUAAUAAAAAGAUUGUCUUUAUAAAAUUGUGUAUUGCCUUAUUUUCUCCAGCUGGCUAUAACUGUUGGAACUCAGCACGACUUUGUAAUUCAAAUGUUGUGUCUGCAACAAGUGCCUUAUAUUUUAUUCUUUUUUGACAGUUUUGAUAUCACUUUUAUUGUUUUUGUUGAGUUGUUUAAGGCGGGAUGAAGAAAUGACAUGUGACAGAGUGUAAGUGUGAAAGCAUGUUAUUAUAAGUGUGUUAAUGUUAAUUACAUGAGAUAUUUUUGUUUUAUCGGUAACUAUGAAAAAGUAAAAAUUUUAAAUUUUGCUGGAGACUUCUUCUGGAUCGUUAAA